UAAUAAUAGAUGGUAUUGAAUAAUUCAAUUUGUGUACCCUUCUUAAACAGAGAAAAAAAAGGAAAUCAUUUACACCACAUACAACUCCACUUUGCAAUCUGUACCCACCUUUCUUACUCUCUCAACCUCCCGAAAUCAAUCAAUCACACCACCAAAUUUCCAAAGCAAGAAAAAAUGGAAGCUGUGGUUAUUGACAGUGUAAAAUCCAUGCUGGAGAAUUUGUUUGCAUUUGUCACCGGAGAACUCAAACUUGUGCGGGAUUUCGAGGAUGAAUUUGCAAAUCUGAAAAAAUAUUUGGAAUGGAUCAACCAAGUCUUGGAAGAUGCUGAGAGGCGCGAAAUCACCGACAAUGCUGUUAAAAGCUGGCUCAAGGACCUCGAGGGUGCUGCAUAUGAUGCCGACAAUGUUUUGGACGAGAUCAAAUAUGAAGAGUUGAUUCCUACAAUCGAGACCCAGCGCACGAAAAAACGAAAAUGGAGCACUUUGACAUUUCAACGGGAGAUGGCUCACAAGAUCAAGGACAUAAAUGCCAACUUUGAAAAGAUAAACAACAAAGCUGAUAGACUUGGCCUCAAUAGAGAUUUGAAUGCUUAUCCUCUGGCACAGCCUCAGGCCAUUCACACUACCAGCUUCACUUUUGAUCCAAUUGUCAUUGGAAGAGAAGUUGUUGAAUCAGAAAUUCUGGAGACGAUAACCAGCUCGAACAAUAAUGUCCUUUCAGUCCUUCCCAUAGUCGGAAUGGGAGGGCUUGGCAAGACGACAUUAGCACGAAAGAUCUACAAUCACCAUCGUACAGAAACCCAUUUCAACAAAACGAUUUGGGUUUGUGUAUCAGAAAAUUUUGAUCAGAUGACGCUUUUUAAAAGGAUCCUGGAAAUAUUAUUGAAAGAAAAAUCUGAUGGAGAUAGCAUGGAAGCUGUUAUUCAAAAGAUUGCCGAGAAAUUAAAAAAUAAAAGAUAGAUGCUUGUUCUCGAUGAUUUAUGG